AUGCUGCUCUUGGCAUCCCUUCUGUUGCACUGCCUCCCAUUGGCCAUGGGGGACUACGACAUUUGCAAAUCCUGGGUGACCACAGAUGAGGGCCCGUCCUGGGAGUUCUACGCCUGUCAGCCCAAGGCCAUGAGCAUGAAGGACUAUGUCACGGUAAAGGUGGAACCCGCUGGAAUCACCUGUGGAGAUCCCCCAGAGAGAUUCUGCACUCAUGAAAACCCAUACUUGUGCAGUGAUGAGUGUGAUGCUUCAAACCCAGACCUGGCCCACCCACCUCGGCUCAUGUUUGACAAGGAGGAUGAGGGGCUGGCCACCUACUGGCAGAGUGUGACCUGGAGCCGAUAUCCCAGUCCGCUGGAAGCCAACAUCACCCUUUCCUGGAAUAAGAGUAUUGAGCUGACCGAUGACAUAGUGAUGACCUUCGAGUACGGCCGGCCCACUAUCAUGAUGCUGGAGAAGUCACUGGACAAUGGACGGACAUGGCAUCCCUACCAGUAUUAUGCUGAAGACUGUAUGGAAGCCUUCAACAUGCCUCCCCGCAGGGUCCGUGACUUAUCCUCUACAAGCGCCAACCGGGUGGUGUGCACGGAGGAGUACUCGCGCUGGGCUGGCUCCAAGAAGGAGAAGCACGUGCGCUUUGAGGUGCGAGACCGCUUUGCCAUCUUUGCUGGCCCAGAUCUCCGCAACCUGGACAACCUCUACACCAGGCUGGAGAGUGCCAAGGGACUCAAGGAGUUUUUCACCGCCACUGACCUGCGCAUGAAGCUACUUCGGCCUGCCCUGGGUGGCACCUACGUUCAGCGGGAGAACCUCUACAAAUACUUCUAUGCCAUCUCCAACAUCGAGGUCAUUGGCAGGUGUAAAUGCAACCUCCAUGCCAACCUGUGCUCCUACAAAGAAGGCGGCCUUCAGUGUGAGUGUGAACAUAAUACCACCGGCCAGGACUGUGGCAAAUGCAAGAAGAACUUCCGAACCCGCUCGUGGAGAGCAGGGUCCUACCUACCCCUUCCUAAUGGCUCCCCUAAUGCAUGUGCGGCUGCAGGCUCCGCCUUUGGCAACUGUGAGUGUUAUGGGCAUUCCAACCGCUGUAGCUACAUCGACUUCUUGAAUGUGGUGACCUGUGUGAGCUGUAAACACAACACCCGAGGCCAACACUGCCAGCACUGUCGCCUGGGCUACUACCGCAACGGCUCUGCGGAGCUCGAUGAUGAAAACGUCUGCAUUGAAUGUAAUUGCAACCAGAUUGGAUCCAUUAAUGACCGGUGCAACGAGACCGGUCACUGUGAGUGCCGAGAAGGGGCUGCAGGGCCCAAGUGUGAUGACUGUCUCCCCAGUCACUACUGGCGCCAGGGCUGCUUCCCCAAUGUCUGUGAUGACGAAUACUUACUCUGCCAAAAUGGGGGGACGUGCUACCAGAACCAGCGUUGCCUCUGUCCCAGCGGCUACCAGGGCGUACUGUGCGACCAGCCUCUCUGCCAGGGGGAGGACGGCCAGGCCUGCAACCCUGCUCCCCAUUCUGGCCCCCACCUAGCUGUGUUCCUUGGCCCUGGCUUGCUUCUGUGGCUGGCAAGCUGCCUAGGUUACUGACACCGCCUCAUCCCCCAAGCUGGGGGCCGGGAGGGGACGCUGGGGUCUCCUCUCCCCAUCUGCACCCCCAGGGACUGCCUCACUACCACCAUGACUGUUCACCUCCAUUCCAUCAUCACUCAUGUCCUUCCGAGUAGCGGGAGCUGCCAAGGAGACCUGGCCAAGGAACACUCCCCCUUCCUGCCAGAAGAGCACCGCUCAGGGGCUUCCUCAGCAAAGUCUCUGCUCUCCCUCCUUCCAUGGACCCUGUCCCCUUUGACCCAUCCUCUCUCCCUCGUUCGGGGCCCGGGACCCAGUUCCCCCUGCCAAAGCAAACGACCCUACAAUUUUUGUUUGGCCUCUGGUUUUCUCAUUUCCCCAAGGGGUUUUGAGGGGGAGGGAGGGACAGCGGCCACUCUCCCCUUCCACACCCCGAGUCCUGACAAGGCAGCAAGAGCAUCCCUCCCAAAUCUUUCUGGUUGACUGUUGAGGACUGGCAGUAAGCUUCCGUCCAAUCUCAUCGCACAGUUGGGCGAGCAAUCUGGAGUUCCAGUUGCCUACAAAUCUCGAUGCUGAAUUUAUGAUGUUUUGUAUUUGUAUUUUGAUUUUCUUUUGCAAACCACCGACCCUGAAGGUCACCCUGGGGUGGAGAUGAGGAGGACUUCACUGUCUCUAGGCGGGGGAGACUCUGCAGAAUAUAGGGAUGGGUACCUUGUUUUGUAGAGAAUUAUUUUUGUUUGUAUUGUGUCCCACAUAUCAAGGGGACAGGAAGGGAAGAGCCAUUCACCAGGGGUGUCUGGAUGAUGGUAUAUAAUCCUACAGAGUAA